GUAUAUAACUCGAUAUAUCUCAGUUAACUGUAGGGUUUGGUGUCAAAAAGUUAGUAAAGUAAUUUAUCUGCCGUCUGAUGCGACUUAUUUAUUUUGAACGUAAAUUUAUAGAAUUCCGGUUAUUCGGAUAAUAUCUACAAUAAUAGUCUGUGCAACAACAUCAUCGACACUCUAAAUAAUCCGUCAAUAAAUCAAUAAUGGGUUUCGAUUUAACUUGCAUAGUUGGUAAUGUUGACGAGGAACUAAUCUGUCCCAUUUGCACUGAAGUUCUGGAGGAUCCAAUGCAAUCCUCCAGUUGCGAGCACGCCUAUUGCCGCGUCUGUAUACAAAAGUGGAUAAUUGAGAAGCAAAUUUGCCCGGUGGAUCGUACAGAGCUCUUAUCCGGUCAAUUGGUUCCGGCUUCGCGCCUUAUGCGUAAUAUGCUCGCACGCUUAAGGAUCAAAUGCGUUUUUGCUGAGAAUGGUUGCGAGCAAUUGUUGCAAUUAGACGAAUUUCGUCGUCAUGUUGAUACCUGUGAGCAUAAUCCCAAAGUGGUUGUUGAGUGUCCCAUGGGCUGUGGCAUGAAGGUACCUAAAGAUGAGAUGGCCUCACAUAAUUGUGUCUUCGAAUUGCGCGAAAUGAUGCAGCAACAGCAAACAGAAAUAACCGAACUGAAGGAUUUACAAGUCACUCAGCAGCAGCGCGUUGAGAGUCAUCGUCGUGAAUUGGAAUUACUUCAAUAUUAUAUACUCGCCUUGCGUUCCACAAAUCCAGUGAUGCGUAAUAUUGGCGAUCAACUCGAUCGCUAUUCGUUGAUGCAGUGGGGCAGCGUUUUGCCAGCGGCCACCAUACGCAAUUGGGGUAGCCUCAUCUCGACUCCCGAUAUCUUUAUGCAUAUGCGUGUCCGAGAUGGCCUCAGCUCGUGCAGUUGCCCCAUGCACUUGAUCAAUAAGAUUGCCGAUCGUUGUCACGAGGAUCGUUGGCCCAAUGGCUUGAUCAGUCUGGAAGCUCGUCGUGAGAAUCAGGAUAGCUUUGUGGAUUUUUCUACUCGUCUUCUACCAUUUCUUGUCACCGGAAAGUCAUGUGUGGUUGUACUCGGUGGCGAUAAUCUACAUAUGCCCGAAAAUUUGCGUCCAAAACUUGGUUUGAUCAUGAUCUUUGUCGAUGGUGUCGUUGAGGGUAUACAAGAGGCGACAGUGGCCGAACGUGAAUUUGACUAAAUGUGAUUAAAAGAAGUUAGUAGAAGGACUGGCACAGUGCUGAUGUUGCUGCUGCUGAUCCAUUUUUCAUUUAUUUACGCCAAACAUCAUGAAACAAACAAAUAUUGUUCAUAUCCAAAUUUCAUUAGGUAAAAAUUUAUUCAACUAGAGAAAGUUACACAAGUGAAAACUGUGUGUGUGUGCACUCAUGAGCCGUAUACAUCAUACAUACUAUAUAUAUCUACCCUAUACAUACAUAUAUAUAGACCAUGUGUGAACAAAAUUUUGAGAAAGUUUAAGGAAAAAAAAAAUAAAUUAUCGCAUUUGGACCGAUA